GUCAUUUAAAUUUGUGUAACUUUCUUUUUUGUGUGUAUUUGUAAAUUUCAAAUAUAAAAACCUAUUGGGAAAUGGAGCCGCUGCACGAGAACGAACCACGCGAAUUCCUAGUGGGAGAUUUCAAGGUACUCACCAGCUUCGAUGGCGGCACCUUUGGCGAGAUCUAUCUGGGCGAAUCGCUAUACACGGGCGAGUGCGUGGCCGUUAAGCUGGAGAAAGCGAAUGCGCAAUAUCCACAGCUGGCGUAUGAGUAUCGAGUUUAUCGCGCCUUGAAAGCGACGCUCGGAUUGCCACGCAUUUAUUACUUCAAUGCUGAGGACGAUCAUGCGGCGCUGGUGAUGGAAAUGCUGGGGCCAUCGCUUGCCUAUUUAUUUGAGUAUUGCCAUCGGUGCUUCACGCUGCGCACGGUGCUGAUGCUGGCGGAUGAGCUGCUGCUGCGGCUGGAGUAUGUGCAUGGGCGUGGCUUUGUGCAUCGCGACAUAAAGCCGGAUAAUUUUUUAAUUGGCCGCGAGGUGAGCUGCAAGCGGCUGCACAUUAUUGACUUUGGGCUGGCCAAGAAAUAUGCGGAUCCCAUAACCCAAGUGCAUAUUCCAUAUCGCGAGGGGCGCCAUCUGACGGGCACGGCGCGCUUUGCCUCCAUUGGCGCCCACGAGGGCUACGAGCAGUCGCGUCGCGAUGAUCUCAUCUCCAUUGGCUACAUGCUGCUCUAUUUUGUGAAGGGCUCACUGCCCUGGCAGAAUCUGGAGGCCAACACUAAGCAGCAAAAGUAUCGUCGCAUUCAUGAGAUGAAACUGAAGCUCAGCAACGAGCAGCUCUGUCGUGGUCUGCCCAGCGUCUUUGCCAUGUAUCUCAACUAUUGCUAUGAGCUGCCAUUUGCCGCCAAGCCGGACUACAAGCGACUGCGGCGCAUGUUCAGCCAGCUGCGUUGCAAGCUCUACCCAAAGGACGGCCGCAGCCGCAUGUUCGACUGGGAGAUCAUCACGCUCCAGUAUCAUCACAAUCAGCGCAAUCCCGGCAAGGGCAGGCGUGGUCUGCCCAUCAAGCGGCCCGCCGAUGAAGUCUACAACGGCGACGUUGUCAACAGAGCUCCAAGAAAUUGCCGCUGACUGCAGCAAGUUUUAAUUUCGUUGUCCGCGUCUGUAAUAAUAAAAGCAAAUCAUGUGUGUUUAUAGUAUUUAAAUAAAGAAAA